AUGAGGAAUAAUCUACUUCAACGGCCCCCUUUCCUAGAAGAGAUUUUUGUUAAUACUUCACAGGCUACUAGAGAUUCUGCUACUGUCAACUUUAAGGAUAGGAGACGGGGCAGGGAAGCACUCAAUAAAGCCUGUAAAAUUUUCAGUAACAUCCGAAAUGGUAAGAUUUAUGUGAAUGAUGUGCUGCUGACCCUACAUGCCUUAAAGAUUUCUAUGAGUGAUGGAGAAUUGCAUCAGGCAUUGAAAUGUGUUUAUGUUGAUGUAAAUGGCAUGCUGGAUUUUUCAAAAUUCAUGGAGAUUUUGAAUGACAGAGGUUCCUUCUCUCAAGACCCAGCAUUCCAGGAAGCAUACCAAAUUUUCAGUAAGAUUAAAGGAGGCCGAGUUGAAGUUGAAGAUAUACUUCCUCUUCUGAAAAUCUUGGGAGUCUCUGUAAUUUUUAGUAUUUUCCAGGAAGUGAUGAAUUACUUGUCUCAUGAUGAUAAUGAAACGGUGGAUUUCAGAGAUUUUCUAUUUUCUUUGGGGGAUUUACAGCAACAAUAUGAGGAUGUUGUAAGUAAGGAUUGGUCAUCCCAGGAUGAGAGUGAUCGGAGAUUCUCAAAGCCCCAUGCUAGUAGGUUGUUUCAGCAGUUAAGGAAGAAGAGUAAUAUAUUCCCUAGAUCAUCUGAAUCUGCCUCUACACGGUUCAAUAGAAAGACCUUCGGUGAAAGAGGGUUUGAGGAGAGCCUUGACCUCCUAUCCCCACAGCAAAACUUAAAAAAUAAUUUGAAUUUGAAAAAGACUUUUGAAAGGGUUGAUAGCAGCGUUCUUGAAUCUCUACGGACAAACUCAAAAACAAGUAUAAGCCUCAAAAAACUUGUGGGUCAGUCAGAGAUGUAUAAGAUGGAGGCUCAACCCCCCAAAGCUAUCCCAGGCAUUAGAAGAUCUUUCCAUGAAGCUGAUAUUUCUGUAGAGUCCCAACAAAAGAUUCUGAAGACAGAGAAAAGUCAUGAGCUAGAGCCAGUAAAGAGUAACUCCAGAAAAUCUCUGGAAGAAAUCAAUAAAUAUGAAAUACGUGUCACCGGGACCCAACCACAUGGCAGUAGUAUUUCUCUCAAGAAAUAUAUGGAUGUAGAAGAGAUUCCUAGUGUGAAGAAGAGUUCAAGUUUCCCAAAAUAUUGGGAAGAACCUGAGCAGAAAUAUGGAAUUUCUGUCCCAGACUUCCAACCACUAAGUGUAAAGAGUAGUCAAAUCCUCAGAAAACUAUCAAGUAAAGUUCACAUUCCAGAGAGCCCAGCUGCCUCUUUGGACUUGGUUGAGCUUCAGCCUGAAAAAGCAAAAGAAAAGUUCAGAAAGAAGCAGCCACUAAAAGUAACUGAAGACAUACAAGAUUCCCUUGGAUUUUACAACAAACUCACAGAGGACAAAGUUGCUGUUGAUGAACUCCAGCCUGUCUUGAAGAUUAUUGGAAUGGAUUUAUCUGAUGACGAGUUAGACAAGGUGCUACAAAUGACUCCUGCCAAUGAUACUGAAAUGGUGGAUUUAAAAGACUUUAUGGUUAAUCUGGCCAAAGCCCGACAGUUCUCAGAGUAUAAUGUGUUGAAAGAUGCCAUUGAUGUCGUUAAAGAAUUUGAAGACGAAAAAGUUCCCUUGGAUAAAGUACAGCCCAAACUGAAGAAAUUGGGAGUCUAUUGUUCCUUGAACGAAUUUAAUAAAGCCUUAGAAGAGAUACCUCCUGAUAGUAAAGGAGAAGUGGAGUUUAAUAAGUUUGUUAAAACUCUGAUGAGUAACCCCUCGUUAGGCAAAAGAAAAUCAAUAGAAGAAAGUCUUGAAAAAGUGGAGAAAUUUAAGGGCAACAAGGCUUCAGUGCACGAUUUGUGGGACACUCUGCACACAUUAGACCCUGAUUUGACGGAAAAGGAAUUCCAAGAGGCACUGAAGGCAGUGCCAAAAGAUGAAGAUAAAAAUGUAGAUUUUGACGAGUUCUUUCAGGCUCUAGAAGAUACAAGACAACAAGCACAGGAAACUAUAACACCAUUUGAAAAAAUCUUUGCCUUAAAUAAGAUCAAAGAUGACAAGGUAGCCAAGAAGGACUUGGAUUAUGUCUUGAAGAGUAUGGGUAUUAUUUUGCCUGAAGAACAGUUGGAAAAAUCACUUGUAUCUACAGAUGAUGGCUCAGUGAAUAUCAAAGACUUUGUGUCAACUUUAAGGAGCAGUGACAGUUUCUCCAAUUUUGUUGCAUUGAGGGAGACCAUCAACGCAAUGGACCAGAAUAAAACAAUUCCUUUGCUUGUAAAAGAUGUAUAUGCAGAUAUACUUCAGCACAGAUAUGCUUCAGAAUCCAUGGGAAUACAGUCAUCUGAUCAAGAAAUUCAGGAUGCACUUGGUGCUCCUGUUCUUGAAGGUCCAGAGAGAGAUAAAUUCAACGUAUUUAUGACAGCCUUGUCGCAGACUGAGAAACUUCCUGUGAAAGAUGCCUUGAAAAAGGGUGUUGAUGUUUUUACACAUUUGGAAGAUGGAAAGAUUGGUGUUGAAGACUUGAAGCAUGCCCUGGCUGAUUUGAAUAUCAAUUUACCAAAGGAAAACUUGGAUCAAGUCAUUGCAUCUUGUGCCACUGAUGAGAAUGAGAAUUUACAGUUAAAAGAUGUCACCAGUGCUUUGGCAGAGACUCCAGAAUUUGCUGAUUCCAUAGAACAAGGUCAGGUAGAUUUAUCUAAAUUCAUGGGCAUCUUAUCCAAAGUGAUGCUGAUUCCUGAAGCUGCUGGAGUUAAAGAGUCUCUUAGUCAAAUCAACAUUCCCAGAAGUGAUGAAAACAUCAUCGCUGAGCUUCAGGAAAGGCUGAAUGUCAGGGGAAUCCAUUUAAGUGAUGAAAAUAUACAGGAAGCAUUGGAUGCCACUGUCAGUGAGGAUGGAAUGGUGAAUUUAAAGGAUUUUGUCAACAAUUUGGCUAUGAUGAAAAAAUUUCGUGACUGCCAAAGUCUAGAAGCAUCCCUUGCUGUCACUAAUGUCACAGAUGGAAAAGUCAAGGUUAGUGAUCUUCCACCUAUCCUGGAGUCGCUGGGGGCUAGUAUGGGUGAAGAAGAAAUUAAAGAAACAUCAAAAUCUCUUGAGGUUGAUGAAACUCAAAAUAUCUGUGAUGUGGUCAACAAUGUCACUGAUGGAAAAAUUAAUAUUGAGGAUCUGGAACCCACCCUGGAGAGCUUAGGGAUCGAAGUAAAGGAGAAAGAAGUGAAAGAAACACUCAAAUCUAUUCAGCCUGAUGGAAUACAAAAUGCACAAAAUAUUGUUACUAAUAUUGUUGAUGAGAAAGUCAACAUUGCUGAUGUGAUGCCUACCCUGGAGAGCAUGGGGGUCGAGUUAAGUAAAGAAAAGCUUACAGAGACUAUAAAACCCAUUAAACCCGAUGAAAAGAGAAAUGUGAAGUUUCAGGACAUAGUCAACAACUUGAUUUCAAGCAAAGAUGCUUUAAAGGGCCAACAUGAUGGGAAAAUAGAUUUCAAGGACGCUAUCAAGCAAUUCAUUAAGCAAAGAAAGUCACAAACAGCCCAACAAAUACAAAAAGCACAGAAUAUUGUCUCCACUAUAUCCAGUGGGAUGGUCCAUGUUGAUGAUUUAUCCCCUACCCUGGAAAACUUUGGAAUCGAACUAACAGAUGACAUGCUUAAGGAGACCCUGGAAUCUGUUGGAACUGAUGAAACAGAAAAAGCAUUCAAUGCUGUCACCAACUUUGCUGAGGGGAAAGUCAAGAUCUCUGAUAUGCCUUCUACCCUGGAGAGCUUAGGUGUCAAGCUAACUAAACAAGAUAUUCAAGAAACAUUGAAAACCGUUGAGACUGAUGGAAUAGAAGAUGCAUGUAAUGUUGUCACAAAUGUCAUUGAUGGUGGCAAGGUAAAAUUUGAUGAAUUGAUGCCUACCCUGCAGCAGUUGGGAGUCAAGGUAUCUGAUGACGACAUUCAAGAAACGCUGAAAACAGUGACACCUGAUGCCACCACCAGACUUCCAUCAGGCUACCAUGGCUCCUUAUUCCUCAUCCUCCAGAAGGAGUCUGGGAGAAUGAACUGCUUCUCCAUGUAA